AUGACAGAAUUUAAUGACCUGAAUACUAGUAUUUUGAGCAGUUAGAGUGGGUUAAGCUAAGAAGAAAGGAAGAGUGCGAUAGAGUCUGUAAGUUUCUCUGCCUCAUCAAGUCCCAAGCUUUCUUAAAGAAUUAAGCCCAGUAAAAAGAAAGACUUGAUAAAGCUUAUAGGGACUGUUGUAAAAUUAGAAUAAACACGCAGAAAAGAUAGUAUCAUGAGAGAUCAAGAAUGUGGAACUAACUACACCUCACGCAAAAACUCAGAACAAAUGUUUGAAAACUUUUACGAAAAGCUUGAAAAAAUAGGAGAAGGAGGUAACAGCUGUGUUCAUCGCUGCAGAAGAAUAAAUGAUGAUAGUUAACACUUUGCAGUGAAAAUAACAAAAUUUUCAAACGAAGAGAUCAUACUCAGUGAAACAGAUACGAGUAAUAGACUCCUAAAACUUAGUCACCCUAAUGUUUGUAAAGCCUAUGAUCUAUUUGUAGAAAAAUCAUUUAAUACUACUUACCUUAUCAUGGAAUAUAUUAAUGGUUAGACGAUUGAGCAAUGGAUACAGCAAAAAUAAACAAUCGAAGAUAACGAGAUUAGAUUUAUUAUGAAUGGUUUACUUGAAGGAAUAGAUUAUCUUCAUUAACAAGGUUUUAUACAUAGAGAUAUUUCAUCAAGUAAUGUAAUAUAUGACAGAGAUUGUAAAAAAGUUAAAAUAAUUGAUUUGUCUACUUGCAAAGAUAACAAAUUUUCACCACACAGAAAACUUUUAACUGUUAUUGGAAAUGACAUAUACAGAGCUCCAGAAAUGUUUGAAGGAGCAUAUCAUUAAGAGGUAGAUAUUUGGGCAGCUGGAUUGAUUCUUUUCUAAUUACUCUUUUAAAAACAUCCAUUCUUUGAGUCUGGUGACGAUUAAGUGGUGCUAGUGUAGAAAGUAACUUAGUAAGAGAUAGAUUGGGAUUUAUUGCAAAAGACCAACGACAAAGUUUCACCUUGCCAAAUUGACUUAUGCCAAGAAAUGCUAAAGAAAAACCCUUCUGAUAGAAUAUCUGCAAAAUAGGCUCUCCGUCAUCCUUUCCUUAAAUAGAGAUUGUGCAGCAAAGAUUUUUCUUUCGAAACCAGAGUUAAAUCAUAAUCAAUUAAAAGUAUAAUGCGUAUUAAAUCUUGCGAAGAAUUUACUAGUGAAACAAAUACAAAAACAGACACUUCUCUUCAUAGUAGUUCAUAAAAAAUCACAAGUGUAGAGGAAAAUCUUUCACCUCUAAGAUAUUUUUGA